AUGGCGUAAAUAUGGCUGAUUGUUCUGUCUGGGUCGGUGGACUUCCUGUGAAUGUGAACGAAAAUGUGCUGUACGACUUAUUUCAAAAAUUUGGCCCUUUAAAAAAUACAGUGAUACUUAGGGAUGUUUCUGGUAGGUCUAAACAGUGUGGUUUCGUCAAUUUCUUAUCGCAAGAGGUCGCCGAACUUGCAGCCAGAAAGAUGAAUGGAUUUGAGAUUUUGGGCGAGACGGUUAAAACGAAAGGGCCCAGGGAACUUUUAGCGACGAGAAGAUGUACAGAUACUGUUUCUGAAGAAGCUCUAAAUUUAGAUAAAAAGGACUUCAGAGGUCUGACCGACUGCGUAUUCUUCAUGGAAGGCCGUCGGUGUUCUCCGAAAUCAGGAGAGUGUCCCUUCCGUCAUUGUACUGCGGCCCGGAAAACUGACGUUUUGUGCGACAAGUGGACGCAAAAACAGUGUACAGAAGUGUUUUGCUCGAAACGACAUCCUAAACUCAUCAAAAAACAAUCAGAUCACUUAUUUAAAGUAGUACCAGCCCGCUGUCCAUCCCAUAAUGCAUUUAAAUGUACUGGUGAAUGUGGCUUUGAUGAAUGUAACACUCACUUCAUGGAACAAGAAGCUUUACAAGAACACAUCAACAGAGGACGUGAAAAAAAGUUUUCACUGAUGUCAUCUUGCUCCCAGUGCAAGGCCAUUUUCUUUAGUGAACAAGAAAGGCAACAACAUUCCUGCCUAAAUGCCACAACAGAGCCCUUAUCUGGUCACCAUGUACAUAGAUAUCCUUCCUCCAAUUUGAAUUUUCACCAGUCCUCAAGUUUUCAAUUUAAGAGGAACAGCCCAGUAAUGUUUACAAAUGCUUCACCACAGAAUCUCAUCAAACCUGAACACUUGUGUAAGAAUCCUAGCACAUCAAUACCAAGUGGUCAUGCAGCUUGUGCAAAAAAAUUUUGCGAUUGUUCCAGAAGUCAUGCAACUGUUGGGUUAACCAACCAAGUUAAAGGGCCAUUUUGUGUUUGUUCUUCUUGUGGGAUAAGCUAUGAAAACUCUGGUGAUUCUUUGAGUGAUUUUGACUUGUCUGUUGAUUCGGCUGGUAUUGGUGGCCACAAAUGUCCUAAUUCACCAUCUGUUCGAGGACUCCUCAAUGAUGCAGACUCUUUGGCAUUCAAGAACUCUGUAACUGGCUCUCCUAGUCAAGCCCCUAUGGUUCCAGAAGCUGAGCCUAUUGGAGUUUUCUGGGAUAUUGAAAAUUGCCCAGUUCCUCGUGGCAAAUCAGCGUCUGCUGUUGUUCAGAAGAUAAGGAAGGAAUUUUUCACUGGAAAGCGUGAGGUUGAGUUCAUGUGUGUUUGUGAUAUCAGUAAGGAAAAGAAGGAAAUAAUUGAAGAACUUAACAAGGCUCAGGUUACUGUUGUUCACAUCAAUGCCACUUCAAAGAAUGCAGCUGAUGACAAGUUAAGACAAAGCUUGAGAAGAUUUCCACAAUCAUACCCUCCCCCUGCCACUGUUAUUUUGGUGUCUGGGGACAUCAAUUUUGCUGCAGAGCUGUCAGAUUUACGUCAUCGGCACAACCUCCAUGUGAUUUGUCUUCACAAUGCUCAAGCACAGGGUGCUUUGCUGGAAUGUGCUCAUGAGGCAAGAAGAUUUGAUCACUUCACUGCUGAUCUUCCUGUUGUAUUCCCUCCAAAGGCUCCUGAGGAGAAUGGCUUAUCCUCAGAGCUUCUUGUCCUCAAUCUUCCAAUGGGAAAAGAUGUUGCUCAAGUCAGGAACAGACUGAAAAAACUUUCUGAUAAUUGUGGAGGGAAAGUUGUAAGCAUUUCUGGGCGUACCUCAGUUCUGAGAUUUCCAAAUCCUGCCAGUGCUGCAAGGGCCAGGCGAAGAAUGGACAAAGAAGAUGUGUUUGGUUCCAAAAUCCAAGUGGUAUAUUCCACAAGUAGUCAUCAUUCAUAUAGCCCCCAGAAAAAUAAGAAAACACAGCCAAUGGAGGCUACUGGUGAUUCUGUCAAGGGCAGAGAUACUAGUAUGUCUCCAAAGUCUAUACCCAGCACCUUACAGAAAGGAAAAGAAGAUUCCAGGUGUGCUUUGCUAGAUACUUUUGGCACUGAAGACACAAUCCCAUCCAGGAAUACUACAAAGAAAGAGAGCAAUCCCAGCCGAACACCUACAGAUGAAAGUCUUGACUCAGGGGACAGCACAGAAGAAAAUGACGCCAAACCAGGACCUUCCCUUUCAUCUUCUACAGCCCCUCAGUUUAUCAGCCAUCAGGCAAUGUUCAGUAAUGGUUCCUACACCGGCAUAUGGCCACACUCUAUUUACCCAAACUUCAUGAAUAUUCCAACACAAGGGACAAGUUUUCCAGGAAUCACUCCUCUUGCCCCAUCCAUGAUGGGGGCACCACAACUUGCAGCAUCGUGGCUGGCCAGCUUGCAUAACUUUACCGUGUUAGACCAGCAGCGGGGUGGAAUAGACUUACUCGUCACUAAUUUGGAUGAAAAUGUUAGCAAGAAAGAACUGAAAAAGAAGUUGGCAUCUGUGUUUCGAGAGCACUGUAAGGUAUUGUCUGUUAUUCUUCAUAGUGGAGAAGGCAUACCUUUGAGAGCUUUUGUUAAAGUUCCAAAACUGUCGGACGCACACCUGGCCAUCUGCAAAGUUCAUCAGAAGAAAAUUUUUAACACCUGCGUGGCUGUCAACAUAGCCACAGACAAAGAGAAAGAACUGUGCUUCUUGCGCUGUGAAGUAACUUCUAUACUGAAAGAGGCGCCUUUACACUUCCUACCUUUAAACAAAUUCCUGAGUGAUUACUAUGAGAAGUGUUCCCGAGCGUUUGAUAUGACUUCCAUAGGAGUUAUCCACGACCUGGUUGUUCUGACUGGCAAACCUGGUAAUCAAGCGAUAAGUCUGGUUACUCGGGCCAUUGGCGGCGUGAAAGUGUCUGUAGAACCUGACCAGUUUGCAAACGAUGUCCACACUCUUCUUAAAUCCAGUGAAGGAUCGUUGCCUUUGGUUAGUUUUGCUGCAUCCUAUUGGUUAAACUUUGAUAGGAAGAUAGAGUCUAACGAUGAGGGGUCUGCACUUAUGGAAGUUCUCAACUGCGUUCCAAAUGUCAAGGUCACAGAGUCUUUGAUGGUGUCAUGGGCUAAACAAGCUCUCAAACAUGGCGGGAAUGUAAGCAAGCUUCUUGAAUUCAGUAAAGAUCUGCAGGAGUUAUUACAGAUGCAGGUGGAAUUCAAACUCCCUCUCAGCUCGCUUAUCUCAGAGUAUCAAUCGUGGUUUGACAAGAAGACGCCAUUUGAUCCAGCUGUCUAUGGGUUCACUUCGGUCGUUACCCUCCUGGAAGCGUUGCCAGCUGUGGCGGAGAUUACGCAACAAGGCAAAGAAAGAUGGCUUGUCCUUUCACAGCGCUUGAAAAUCAAAGCCUUUGCGAAAAAUGUCAAAAUGCUCUUGGAAAGUCAACCGGAUGGCGUAAUUGCUUUGGGAAACUUUGUGUCAACUUACAUGAAAUUCUUCGGCCAGAAAUGCAAGAUUGCAACAUUUGGUUUCUCCAAGCUGACAGACUUGAUUGAAGCUGUGCCCAAUGUCGCUAAGAUCCAAGGAACUGGAGAUCAGCGAUUGAUUUGUUUAGUGGAAAAAGACAAGAGCUCGAAACCUGAGAAGCGGAGCGAUAAGCAAACUCUGGUCAAAGAACUCAAAGAAUUAUUGUCCAGCUGUGAAAAUCAGAGGCUUCCUGUUGCCACAGUUCUUGCUCGAUAUUAUCAACAUUUUGGCCGACUGCUCAAAAUUGGAGAUUAUGGUGCGCUGCGUCUUGAAGACUUUGUGGAGAGUUCACCAUCACUACAGAUCAUAGAGAUAUCUGGGGAAAAAUACCUGACCCUCCCUCCCAAAGUCACAGUACAGUCUUUGCGAAGAGAUUUGGUAGAGCUGCUGGGACAACAGGAUGGCAAAUUUCUGCCGAUUUCUCGCCUUGCUUCCACUUUCCGUAAACAUUACAGCCGGAAAUUUCCCCUGGGACAAGCCAAACUUGAGGAAUUUCUUCGAAGUUUGGAGGGAGUAGUAAAGGUCAAAGGAUCCGGGAAUGAUAGAAUUUUACUCCUUCCACUUUUGCCAGCGAAAGAUAAAACUUCUCCCAAGUUACAACCGCUCGCUGAUAAAAUCACUAAUUUACUGCUGAAGUAUCCUGGCUGUAGGGUGGCGGAGUUUGCUUUCGCUGAUAUCUUCUUGCGGGAGUAUGGGCAAAUGUUAAAACCUAAGGACUGGGGCUUCACUACCAUGGCUUCCUUACUACAAGCACUUGGAAAUGUUUUGGAGAUCCAAGGCAGCGGCAACAUGGCUGCAGUUUGCCUUAAACAUGAACAUCUUCUGGAGGUGUUUUCACGUCGUGUUAUUAAUGUGUUAACCGAGCAGUCUGAUAAAAGUAUUCCCUUGUCCAAGUUCGUCACUGCUUAUGAGAAACUUUGUAACCACAAGCUGCGCGUACAGAACUUUGGUUUUGCGUCACUUGAAGAUAUGUUACUUGCAGUUUCACCCGUAGUUAAGGUCGAUACGAAAGGAGACAAACUGUCCCUGACGCUGCUUCAAACUUUUGCUAUCGAAACAAGGGAUCUUCUGAAACAUCUCAAUGGAUGUGUUUCUCUAAACCGCUUUGCGCCAAACUUCCAGCAGUUGUACGGUCAACCCUGCAAAGCGUCUGAUUACGGCUUUAGUCGCAUAUCGGAAGUGAUAGACGCAGUGUCCAAUGUGGCUGAAAUACGCGGCAAGGGUGCAGAGAAGAUGGUUGUCUUGGUCGAUGGGGACAACGUGAGUCUGCUUGGCCCUGGAAAUACAGGGCAAACGAAAGCUGGAACGAAGGACUGCAGAUUAAGCGACUCGCCCUCUGCUGCAGUGGAGGAAGAGGAUGAGGUCGUAGUGAUCAUUGAUGACAAAGAGGAAGAGGAUUUGAUAAUUCUUGAUGGUGAAGCCUCCGGUACCUUUCCAGACCAGACUGUGACCGAUGACUGGCUGAUGGCACCAGUGCCCGAGACUCUCCCAGAGCCGGAGCUGCAGCCUGCCAUCCCUGAGCCACCUCCUGUUGGAGAUCUGAUAUCCUUCACUGAGUUUGACAUGGAGGUGCUGUUAGAAGCCAUGGAUGACGCAGGAAUUUCUGACACCUUGGGUAAUGUGGCGGAAGGUGACUUGACUGAGUUAUUAGCAGAAUCCAAUGAACUGUCAGGAGAAUACAACGGUGCAAGGUCACCUCAGCCCAACUUCUCCGACAGGCUUUCUCCCAAUGGUAAGUCCUCGUCGUCUGGUACGGAUCUAAAAGAUUUGGAUUUUGCCUUUGUAUCACCAGCACGUAUAAGGAAUGCAACACAGAUGCAGGCGAGUCCAUCUCCUCGCAAGGCUGGGGUUUUGUUCCUCUCGGAAGUGGAAGCUGAUAUCCUGUCAGACUGUCAGCCAGAAUCGGAAUUUUCAAGAAAUCUCGCCGCGUCAUUUGGAGAGGAAGAAGUUGAAAAGCCUGCUGUCCAGCGAAAGAUUUCUGAUGAGAACAGGAGAGCAAAACCUAGAAAGUUCUCUGCUCCGAAAGUCAAGUUGGCUGUUAAUUUCAGCAAGACGCCAAACAAAUGAGAACUCCUUGGACCAUAAGCCGGUGGUAACAAAAUUGGUAAUUUGUUUCUAUUCACGAGUAGUCAAGCUGUUGUUACUGUUUCUUUCAUGCUUCUUUUUGUUGCAGAUUUUUUAUAUAUAGUGUGGUACUUUACAGUGUUACUUGCACUUCCAUUGAUACUGUCUGAAAAAUUUUGAUAUCUUUUUGACACUCGUUUUGAAGGUAGUCAAUGAGUCUUCGCCAGUAGACCUAGGUUAGACCAAUGAGUGGGUAUCAAAUUGUAAGAGUUUGAUGGAGAUGCAGGGAGCGCUGCAAAAACUCCAAGCAUCGUUCUUGUGCUCAUCUCGCUUUGUACAAUGUGGAUACUGACUGGUAGAAUGCGUAAACUUCGGCCAAAGGGUAGUUUAAGAGAUAUCAAAUUAAGUCAGUCAGUUCUGUUUAAAUGAGCUCGUGGUACAGACAUACGGAUCUUGUACAUAGAAGAUCCACUUUCCUGGAAGGAGCUAAUAAGUUUGAUGGUUUAUUUUUUGUUAAACUUAGGUAGUCUACCAUGUACUUUGUGCUUCAUGUUUUACCUUUCACCUAUAUUGGUGUUCCUUAAAUUGCUUAGAUUUAAAAUUGGUUUAUUUCCUCGAUUUAUUUUUGAUAGAAUAUGAUUAGUCCUUCCUUGUCUGCAGUUAAGAUUCUCGGCAGAUUUUUCCCAGCUCUUUGGAACAAUUUUUGUACAAAGAGAAUCUGGUCUUUUCAAGAUAUUAUUUCUCUCAAGUAAGAGAAACUCCUCGUUAAAGUUUCAGUGAAGAAAUUGUAGAAGUAGUUUUUAAAGGGCUGCAUUGUUUGACAUAGUGAAACGGAACAGUGGAACAAGAACCGUUGUUCAUCGUGUACCAAGGAAGACGUAUUUUUCUUCAAAUGUAUUCAUUCUUGCUUGCAAAUUUUCCGUCCAUUACUUUAAUGAAUACAGCCAGGCUGUGAUUUGCAGUAGCUCCCUUACUCAUCCCUCAAGAGGAGCUGUUGUUUCGCAUAACCAAAAAAAAAAGUGGACGAUUGCUUGCUGACAUCGUGCAACUCAAAGCCAUUUUGAGUAUAGGGUUGAUAUUUUGUGAGUAGCACACCCAGUGCAUGAUCUUCUGAUAGAGUUCUCAACCUGAGCUGCGUGCGUUUAUGUUGUUUUGCGUGUUUUCGUUGAUAUUUUCGCCACUUUUUUUCUUCGGGAAAAUGUUGGCCUAUUUAUCUUCUUUCAAGCCUGUUCCUUAGCCAGCAGGCAGAUCCUUUAAUGUGAUUGGACGGUAUGGGACGCCCCAUUGACGUCAUCAGUGGGUGUGUUCCAGUCCUUUCUUAGUCAAAGGAGGGUGAUGUGUUAGUGUUUGUGUUGUUUCAUAUCAGUGUUGAAACGUGCGUGGCUUCUUGCUUAAUACUACAAGGGAUGAUCUCAGUGGAGCAGAAUGAAGGUGUGAUGCACAAGAUUGGACACAGAAGGACAUGUUGCUGGAGGGUUUUGCUAUACUUGAACCUUGACAACUGAAGACUAAAAGAUCAGCAUCUCGGUGUUCUGCCUGUGGAAAUCAUCCAGACUUAACAGAUUAAACAGAUCGACGAGAAUUCUUAAUGCUGAAUGCAGAAGAGGGAUUAGACCCACACCAAUGGUAUAAGAAUGACGAGUAACUUGGCUCUUCGUGAACGUUGUUCGGGAAUCAAUGAAAUUAUUGUUAAAUCCAAAAUAGGCAAAUUAAGAUAUUUUGAACAGAGAAAAGAGAUGGUGAGAUGGUUAGAUAGUUAGGAAUAUUGAAAUGAUAGCGUCUGUUAAGCCUGGUUCAGUUUGCAAUCUGUGACGUGACCAGUUAGAAGGAAAUGGAAAUUUUUCUUUAUUUGACGAAAUUUUCCGAAUCCGGCGAAUAUUAUCUUAAUGGAGACAAAAAUUUGGACUUACCGAUGAGGAACAUCGUAGCGUGGUCCUUGCGCUUGCCUGGGUUUACGAACAGAGGUAAAGAAAAUAGCUGUUACAAAUGUGAAAGAUUGAGAGAAACUCCGAAUACCAGGCGAAAGUUGGACUUAAUUUAUCAAGGAUUUUGUGGUAGCAACGCUCCCAUGGAUUUUCACAAGAGAAAAAGAGGAAGAAUAUUGGACGCCUGGGGCUGUCAUCUCCUUGGAGAAGUUUUGCGCUCGGAGAAAAGAAAAAAAUCAGUUAGAAGCGUGUUUUUAUACUGUGGCUCUUAAGCUCGAAAUAAAUAGUAUUGUUUUCAAGUUAUGUACCAAAGAAGGGAUUAAUUUUUUUUUUCUUUCAUAAAAUGAAAUGGGUUUCGAUUUUCCGCGAGUGAAAUAGCCAUACGAGCAAGGUCUCGCAGUUCAGCAGCGCGUCAUAUAUUUUUAGUGGACGGUGGUAUAAUUGGAGUCAGACGAGGACCUUGGAUGUUGAGAAUCAUGGCAACCCAGCUUUCAGCACAGAGGGAAAGUAUAAGUAUCCAGUUCUCAUUUUCCAGUCAAAAGAAGGAAAACUCUUCGUCAAAUUGCAGGACUGUUCUUAUGAAUAAACUAUUCACGCGAUACGUAAAGCUGAUACACAUUUCACAUCUUGAGAACAAAGGCAACCGACGAAAGCAUUUCUCCUAAGAUCUGGCAAAUGAUGCCACUUACUCCUUAACCCCACGACUGUGAAAAAAGAAAACACUUGUGACACCUAGCCAUGGGAAACAUCUACUGCAAACAAUGAUAUAAAAGAUGAAUAUUUGACAGAAUGAAUAAGAAUUAUAUUUAGCUAUGUCCGCGAAGGAAGUGUUAUGUUUAUUUAAAUAUCAGUAUGUUUAUGAUAUUCACACUGCUCAGUUGAAGAUUAUGUGAUGAGGGCAACAUCGAAAAAAAUUAGCCCGCUAGUUUUAAAGAUAUCAGUUAGCAGAUGAAGAGGAGAAAGUUUUUUUUCGCGUAGGAGUUGUUGUAAUUUUUAAACUGAAGCCUUUUGGACUAAGCGAACAGUACUCAAGUUUUUUUGAGUCGCGUCUGCCGGGAAGAUUACACAUUUCAUUCCGAAGAAGCUGCCCUCAACAGUCUUGACAGUCCGAGGCUUUUUCGGAGCACGCCAUUGCAUUGCGUUUCGAAAAAAAAUAAAGCGAAGGUAGAAUGUUUGGAAAUGGAAAGUAAAAACUGCUCGUAGGAUUUGUUGAAGUCACCGUGAAACGUGGAAAUAACCAAUCAAUAAAAAUGGUUAUGGGAAUAUCGCACGAAGAAAACCCCGAUGUGUCUUUUUUGUUGAAGCGAAAAUAGCUUUAUUUAAGAAGUAAAGUUUGGUUCAGCAAGGAGUCUUCGUGCAAUCAACUGAAGAGGUUUGGAAACUCAAGGAAAUAGUGAAGACAGAUGAAAAUAAAUUCAAGCGUGGAAAUGGACGUUGAUGCCAAAGAAGGAUUAUUAAGAAAAAAUGAUCAAAUCAACGGAAUGAUUUUUAACUACCAUGGUAGAUAAGUGAAGGCAAGGAAUAAAACAAGUCUUUCUUGUUCGAUAGGGGCAUUCUGAGACUCAAGAGUUGGAAACAAGUAUCAGAGGAAUUUUAAAAAAGCUUGUGUUAUUUAAUUGCCGUUAAAUUUUCCCUUGUGUGUUAAAGCAUGAACGAGGUUGAGAACAUCUAUUAAAGCAAUGCAAAUCCAAUCUUCUUGCGAAUGGGGCAUUUUUGUGCUAAAACUUCUCGCUAACAGCUCCUCUAGGAUGAGAACUCAAAUAGUCUCAGCUUCUCCUUCCAGCAGGACAAAGUAUGAAUUCAUUCACGGCGAAAAAUAUAUAUGUUCACUAUCACGCCCUUACAAUAUACUAUUUAACGAUGAGGCUUUUCUGAUAAGUUUUACAUUUUGUUUUCUCAGAAGUUGAAGUCAUUCACUUCACUUAUGCUAAACUAUUCACGUUGCUACUGAUAAAAAAAAAAUGCAUUCAAAUAAUACAGCCCAAACUAGCAUUUACCGUGAUAAUUUCUUGUGUAAUUAAUUGUUUAUAAUUGUUUCCUGACCGGUUAUGAUAUUAGUUAAAGAUAGUUACCUUGGUUUUGCUUUACUGUUUGCUAAUUACACUAUACACUUAAGGUAUGGUCCCGAGGAGGGAAACAGUUAGUUUUGUUUUCCCGUGAGUCCUCGUGUUUCCCGAGACAAAGUCGAAGGAAACGUCAGGACUCGAGGGAAACAAAACUAACUUGUUUCCCGAGGGACCAUACAUUAAGUGCUUUGUUGUAUAUUUAGACUUCCCCUUAAAGAAUCAUAUGGCAAAAACACGCUGUUGUAUUCUGCGCGCGGGUAACAACUGCGCAAUUGUAUCCCAGUCGGGAUACAAUUGAAUUUGAUCAGGGGCACGUGAGUGAAAGUCUAGGUUUAUAACAAUAUAAAUUAUUGGUUAUUUUAUAGUUACGUAGAUGUGUUACCACUGGUUUGGUAGCAAAUUAAUGACAACUUUAUCAUUUCUUUACUUCAAAGAAGUUUUCCUUUACACUAGCUGUUAAUGUGAAAGAAGGAAAUUGAUAGUUCUA